CGUUAUCUGCGAGUGAUGCUGUCACGAAAGUGCAAUACUUGUCAUUGGAUAGUAAUCAGGUGUGACUCAGAACCGUCAGUUUAACGUCUUCUCAAACACUUGCCUGAGGACUACAGAAGUGAGAGACAACAUCGCCUACCUCUAUAAGCUCAACCCCGUAAAAAGGAUUCUAGUGUUUAACCUUCUGCGUUCCAAACCCGGAAACCUCAUCUGCUGGUGGGAGAGGAGAGGCCUGUCAAGUUUUCAAUCAUUUGCAUUGUGCUGAAUGAGCUAAAGAAAGCCAGCAUGUCUGAAGCCAGACUAAUGCCUUCGCCCAUAUGUUUGGUGGAGAAUGUGAACGGAUCACUCAGUGUCUGUAAGGAUGCCAUCGAGUUCCUGAGUAGGAUCAGUGAGCCGGUGGUGGUGGUGUCUGUGGUGGGACUCUACCGUACAGGGAAAUCUUACCUUAUGAACCGCCUGGCGGGACAACAGUCAGGCUUUGCUCUUGGCAAUGCUGUUGAAUCGAAGACCAAAGGCAUCUGGAUGUGGUGUGUCCCGCACCCCCAUAAAGAAGGACACACUCUGGUGCUGCUGGACACAGAGGGACUUGGGGACGUGGUCAAAGGAGACUCUAAGAACGACGGCUGGAUCUUCUGUCUGGCUGUUCUGCUCAGCAGCACUCUGGUGUACAACAGCCGCGGGACUAUUGAUAACACUGCAGUGGAGAACCUGCACUACAUUACUGAGCUCAGUGAGCAAAUCAAGAUCAGGUCACCAUUAUCUGGACCAGCAGGAGCAGCUGAAGAAGAGGAUUGUCAGUUUGUGCGUUUUUUCCCAUCAUUCAUCUGGGUCGUGAGAGAUUUCACAUUGAAGUUGGAAAUUGAUGGAAAGAAAGUGACAGAAGAUGAGUACCUUGAGUUUGCCCUUGAUCUGAAGAAAGGUGUGAAUAAGAAAAUCAGUGACUACAACCUGCCUCGUCAAUGCAUCCGAAACUAUUUCCCAUCCCGGAACUGUUUUGUAUUCCCAUCUCCCGCCUCGACUGAAAACAUGAUACACUUAGAGAACUUAAAAGAACAAGAACUUGCGCCAGAUUUUCUGGAGGUCACAGGUUGUUUCUGUGACCACGUCUUUCAUAAAAGUUCUGUGAAAACACUGAAAGGAGGACACAGAGUUACUGGAAAAUUGCUUGGGUGUCUGGUGCAGAUUUAUGUAGACACAAUCAGCAGUGGUGAAGUGCCCUGUUUGGACAAUGCAGUUGCUACUCUUGCAAUUUUAGAGAAUGAGGCAGCUGUUCAAAAAACUUUGAAAGUAUAUCAGAGUCGGAUUGGAGAGGUGAAGAAUAAGUUCCCAGUAAGUGUGAUUGACAUUACCUCAGAGCACCAGAAGUUCAGCAGUCUGGCCAUCUCUGAAUUCAUGAAAUGCUCCUUUAAAGAUGAAAAAGGAGAAUACCUGAUAAAACUGAUGGAAGCUGUAGGUAAAUGCUUUGUAGGCCUACUGGAAGAGAAUGAGAUGGCAUCAGAGAGAAAGUGCAGAGAUCUGCUGAACAACCUGUUCUCUGACAUGAAUAAACGACUGCAGGAUGGAGAGUACAGUCAGUCUGGAGGAUAUGAACUCUAUAAAAGAGACAGAGACGCCAUUGUUGAACAGUACCGCAGAGAACCCAACAAAGGUGUAUCGGCCGAGGCCAUGUUGAAUGAGUUUCUGAAAGACCAGGGACCUGAAGCAAAACGUAUCCUCUACAUUGAUACAAAACUCACUGAAAAUGACAGAAAGAUUCAAGAGGAGAAAGAGAAGAGUGCUCUGCUGGAACAGAGGUGUAAAGAAGAAGAGGAGAAAAUAAUUGAGAGAGAGCAAAUGUUGCAGGAAGAGAGAAAACAGCAUGCAGACAGGAUGCAGCAGAUGCAGGAAAAGUUUAAAUCUGAGAUAGAGCAGCAGCAGCAGGAGCUGGACAGAGCUCUGGAGAGCAAACUGAAGGAGAUGGAGGAACUGCUAAAGAAAGGCUUUAAAGAGAAAGCUGAUCUCCUUGAGGAAGAGAUGAAAAAUCUAAAAAAAGAGAAGGAAGAAAAAAGUUCUGGCAGUUUUAUGGAUGUGGUGAUGGCGCUUCUCAGCAAUAUGGAAAAACUCCUUCCUCUAAUGCUUGAGUUCAGAGGGAGGAGCAGAAAAUCAUAGACACCUCCCAGACAGCAACAUAGUUUUGUCCCAGAUCCAGCCCACAUCUGGCCCUUGUGAAAUCCAUGUGGGCCUUUCUCAGCUUUCACAAGCAGUGAGGUGUCAUUAGUGAGGAAAGAGAUUUUACAUGCAUGUGCUUGUGUGUGUAUGUGCAUGCUUGCAAGGAUAAAGUGCAUUAGGAUAAGGUUAUGCUGAUUUCUCGUUUUUUUGCCUUGAAACAACUCUGAUUGUAAUGUUUUGAUAUGAUAACUGAUAUGAUGGUUUGGUUAUACUUGUGAUCCACGAUGGUACAAUGAGCAACAGCUGGAUAUGGAAUUGCAUUUUAUUAAAGGGGUGGUUUACUGGGUUUUUUUUCUAGGCUUGAUUGUGUUUAUGGGGUGCAGUCUAACAUGUGUUCAUGCUUCGUUUUUUUAAAAACGCAUUAUUUUUCAUAUAAUUUACCUUUAUGCCACACCGCUCUGUCCCUUCUCUGACAAACACCUCGAUUACUUCCUGUUUUUAUGAAGCCCCUCCCUCGGAAAUAUGUGAUGGGCUCUGAUUGGUUAGCUGGCUCAGUGUGUUGUGAUUCACUAAACCGCCGAGCGUGCGUCUAAAUGUCCCACCCUGGCCUCUGGCCUCAGCUGCAUGUGCUCUGGUUGUAUUGUAAACAAUGGCUUUGUCUAUAUUGCUUGUCAAUUUGAGCCCGAUUGGGACGCAGAGGAUAUUAGUGAAGAGGAUCGCGCAGAACUUGUGCAAGCACGGCUCCUAAUGGUAUGUUUGUUGUCUCAUACUUUUAGAUAUGCUGUUAUUAUGCUACUGCUUAUGUUAGCUUUUAAUAUACGGUUUUAUUCUGAUUAAAGCUUUAAUACAGUAAGGCAACCACACACGCGUCCAUGUAUAACGCUUCUCAUUGCUAUGUGAAAAUGUAUAAUUGGAACAGUUUGUUGGAGCUGAUCUGAAUGAGAGAGAGAGAGAGAGAGAGAGAGAGAGAUGCAGAGCAGGGCGACACUAGGAACAGUGUUGAGAACCGCUGCUUUAGAACAUUGAUUUUGAAACUUGUGAAUCCAUUAGAAUCGAUAGAAGACAGAAUCGCGAUUCAUAUAUGAAUAGAUUUUUACGUGCACCCCUAGUUUUCUCUUCCUCUUCUCUAAAGCAGCACAGCAUGGCCCCGCCCCCUUCCUUACAUGUUCCCGAGGAUGGGGUUUAUCUGGGUCAAUGACGUAUCAGACCCAGGAAGUAGUUCGUUGUAGUCCCUUACCAGCCGUUUUUGUAGGCAUUAAACUUUCAGAAUUUUAAAAGACGAUAUCUCCGUUUGCAUUGAACUUUCAGCGCUGCAACUUUGCAGAUAUUGUUUAUGCUCAAACAGCAACUUUACACACUAACUAUCCUUAAAAAAGUGAAAUUGCAAUAAACCACCCCUUUAAAUAUGAGAUAUGCAAUACAUUAAAAACUAGAUAAAACUCACUGUUCAAGUAUUUGGUUAAAGAAAAUGAUGUUAACAAUAAAUAUAUUUAUUUUUAUGCAUGAAAAUGUCAAAUUUUUAAAUUUGUCCUUUGUGGUACAAUGUUGCCUUGAGGCAACAAACUUUAAAAAAAUAAAUAAAUGUUUAUUGA